AUGUGGCUCAUCACCGGUCCAUUCGAUAGCGUCGAACAGGGGGAUGCGACAACUACCAAGACGAAACUGCUCAAGCCUGGGAAAAACUACGGGCUAGGUCGCAAAGAACAACCGUUGGUAGUGAACAACAAAAAGAUUUCUCGUGAUGCUUGCGAAUUCAGAGUGGGCCCAUAUACGCCGGAUAACAUGGCCGAUCCAUUAUACGUUCCCACACUUGAACUAGCUAAUAACAAGCUCAAGAGCCUCAUGGUAAAGCGACAGAAAGGGGACGUGACCUGCAAUCCGUCAGCCUCUAUUACUCUGGAGGAUGGAGACCACAUUACGGUCGUUGCUGGUAUUGUAGUGGAAGUACGAUGGCGACGAAUAGCAUGUUUUGUCCCUCCAGUCAGAGGCAUGCCCUUGUUUUCUUCUGAAGACUGCGCUUCAAUUGGUAUUAGCACGCUUGCUUCGGCGCAUGAGCUUCUCACCCAUCACAUCGCACCAAAGUACGAAGUGACAACCCCAGUCAUGACCUCUUUGCUCUGCGCCGCUCAACUUGUCAAGCCCGAAUGGUUGCAAGAACUUGUGCGACUUGGCAGUACUCUUGCAGAAGACGAUUCUUUUGGUUUGACUGCCCUCGAAAAGUCUUUUGUCCCACCCAUUGAGAGCAAGUACCGUCCCGCAUUUGGACCUGCCCUCCCUCCUGCGCUCAAGAGUUUCAAACAUUGGGAGCCAAAUGAAGAGAGGUUGAACUUACUGAGGGGCUUCCGCUUCGUUCUUCCCGCAGAGAAUGGGGAAGUUGAUGCAGAGCUGAGGGACCUGGUCGUAAGGGGUGGCGCAGAAUAUGAAGGAUUCAAUCUGAAGGCGGGGCUCGCGAAGUGGAGGCAGGUGAUUGCUAAGGGAAAGAGGAAAGUCGAAGAGCUGAGAGGGGCAGGGAAGGGGAUGGUCGUGCUGGCGAAAGAUAGUGUAAUACAGAGGGCUGUUGAUGACGAGAAGUGGAAAGAAAUGGUUGCAGAUGCUGCAAGCCUGAGCGUGUAUGUCGUUCAACUGGAGACAGUUCUUGAGGCUGUUGUUCACGUGGACGCGUCUCGCAUCGCAUCCUCCGGAAGCGGUUCACAAGAAUCAUCAAGCCACUCUUCCUCUUUGCCUUCCUUUGUUCCCAAUACGCAUCCCGACGAGCCAUCUUUCCCGGAUGGCGCAGACAAAGAAAUCUCUAUGGAUAAAAACCAACGCGCUGUCUCCCCCGGGAGCAGAAGACACGAUUCUGCUAUGCGCUCGCCCGAGCCUCCCGUUAUUCCCGAGUCUCCGCCUGCCAAGCCGAAGCGAAAGCUGGUGCGACGAGUGCCUUUGCCAACUGAGACAAGCGAAGGAUCUUUGAUGAACUUCAAUAAACCAGAGUCAGAUGUCGACAAAGCUAAAUCUGAAUCUACGCAAGCACCUGUAUGUCUGAAACCACCGUCGGGCAGUCGCCCGCGCUUGAAACGCCGCUUAGGAUUGCCUGGAAUGCCAGGAGUUCCGCCUCCCGAGAUCAACAUACCUGUUGUUACCAUCGACGUCGACGAAGUUGAGGAAGAACCUCCGCACAAGAAGUUCAAGGCCUUAUUUGAGGCGACAGACCCAAACAAAAUGAUUCUUGAGGGCUCGCAGGCUUUUGACGCAGGCUAUGACAAUGUGGUAGGCACCCAAAAUGAGAGCGUUACACAGACAGUGCGGUCGCCUGCCUUUGCACCGCCAAAGCGAUUACCGGUUGUAGCAGAGGAAGAAGAGAGCAUGAGCGGGCCUUCACAGCGGGCCAAGUCUGUUGCAUUUGAGGUGCCGCACCCGGUGCAAGAGGAUGGAGGACAAAUGCCAGCCACCCAAACUAGGACAAAAUCAAAGGCACCUCUGUCCCGCCAGCCAUCGGAACAAUGCCGGACGAUAGCAAAGUCCAAGAAAGCCACUGACGGCGACAAGCACGUUGUCGACAAGGAUGAGGCCUUCCUCACUGCUGUUGCUUCGAAGAAGCGCGGGAAGAAGACCGAGGAUGAAUUUGACCGCGAGUUAAAUAAGUUACGGAUAGCGAAACCGGAUCUGCAGCGCGAAGAACAGCAGUGGACGGAUAUGGGGGACUUUGACCUCCCAAACAUCAGAGGGAACUUCAUGGUCAUUGUGGAUCUGGAGGUGUACAAUCACUCGGACCGCUAUCGCGAGGCUGUUAGGAAUGACACUCGCGACUCUGCUAAUAUGAACGUACCGAAUUUCAAGAAAUUUAAGAAGAAAAUAAAUGGACCCCGUCGUCCACCGGUCGACCUCGUGCUUGCAGAGGAGAAUGACUACGGCAUGGGCGCAGGUGGGUGCUUCAGUUGCUCCUUCGAAGGAGCGAGCUCAUCGUUUCGCAGGUUACUGGAAAGACACAAAAGACUACACUAA